UUGAUAACCCUCCGGGGAAGGUUAGAUCAUAACCUUCGUGGCUUUAGGCUGAAUUCUUUAACGAAUUUAAUUUCAUUUUGCUCUUUCAUACAUUUUUAACAUGGCUUCACCAACUGGAGGUGUUAAACCAAUGUCAUUGGAAGGACGUUUGUAUCGUGAAAGAGAAAGAUUAUCUGGAAUGACUUCUGAAGAACGGGCUUGGAGAGCUAAGUUCUUGAAAGACCAAAUUCUUUCACCGAAUGAACCAAGACAUGUUCCAGAAAUGUAUACAGAAUUGUAUAACCCAAUUAGAAGAGCUUAUCGAAAGCCAUUAGAUGCUUUUGGGAAACUUUUGGAACCUGUAAUGGGUGUUACUGCUGCUCAAUAUACAAGAUAUUUUGCUGGAAAAUUUCUCAUGACCGUAGCUGUGCUGUAUGCAGGAACAUAUUAUUUAAAAUAUAAUGCAAAUGAUUGGACCAGGAAAGGAGGAUGGCGUGUAGUUGCUAACCGCCCUGCUGUAUUCCCUGGUAAUCCUGGUUUUCCUGCUGCUCCUGAACGAACUCAUCCCUCAGAUUAUGCCUCACGAGGUUUCAAGAAUGCUCCAAUAUAGUUCAUCACAAUAUUUUGGCCAUGAAUUUAGUUAUAUAUUUGAUUUAAUUUGUAAUAGAUUAAUAUAAAUGCUAAUUGUACAUAUAUCUUCAAAAUAUAUUGUUGAACUGUUUU